AUGCAUACUUGUAUUGGUACUAUAAUUGUAACGUUUCUGAUCGUAUUGGCGGAAACAGGAGUACGAGGUAAAGUGCAGAGUGUUGUACGAGAGUGUGCAGGCGAGAAGAAUAAAGGGCAUGUUUGUGGAGCUACGGAUAAGGCUAAAUCAAAGGCUAAAGUUCAGUGGUAUUAUGAUCAAGAAACGGAAAUGUGUUUAGCGUUCAAAUACAAUGGAUGUGGUGGAAAUACGAAUCGUUUCAAUACAAUCAAACAAUGUGAAAGACAUUGUAUACCAGAGGAUUAUGGUUGGUGUGCACUCUCGAAAGACGCGUUUAAGAACAGCGAUGGUGAGAGCAGGGUGUGUUACGGUCACAACAUGCAACCUCAAGAGAAAUGCCCAGCCGAUUAUCGCUGCAAAAUGUUGGCAUUCUUCGGUGUAUGUUGCCCGAAACGUACUGAAGAGUUGUUCGAACGCAACUAUCGAGCACGUUGCGAGAAUGGUACCACCGUGAAAAUGGACCGUGGUGGGUAUGAAACGCCCGUAUUUGGACGUUCUUGUGCCGACGACUUCUGUCCAAUGGAUACCCGUUGCGUGGAUCAAGAAGUUCUGGCGUAUUGUUGCCGAGAUAGCACUUCUCUGGCAUGUUGGCAGAUUGCACUGACACUCUUCGAUUUCGGAAGAAUAUUUGGUAAAGAAUCCUCAACAAUGGCUUCAAUGCAACAUUUUUCGUUAGCUGCUCUACUACUUGCUGCUUCGAUUUGUUUGGGCAGUGAUAAAAUAAUAUUUUUGAAUGUGUGGAAUUGCUUCAAACGUAUCGGGUUUCUGUUUUGGAGCUUUCAAAUGCUCGGGAUUUUUUGCUACGGAAACAAAUUUCAACUAGAAUUUUUAAGUGAUGCCGAUAGAACGGAAUGUCAGCUACCGUUGGACAAAGGAACACCGUGUACACAGGAAGGAGGCGUGAAGCCGAGUGUUGCGUGGUGGCACGACGAUAAGAGCGGUAUUUGUCUGUCGUUCAAGUACACGGGAUGUGGUGGAAAUGCGAACCGUUUCACAACCAUCAAAAACUGUGAACAACAUUGCAAAAUGCCUGAUCGAGGCGCAUGUGCUCUCGGAAAGAAACCAGCCGAGGACAGCAAUGGAGAGCAACUGGUUUGUGCGGGCAUGCGAGAGGACAAAUGCCCUAACGGCUACCAAUGUAAAAUGAUGGCGUUCAUGGGUCUGUGCUGUCCAACGAAAGAAGAAGGUAAACCGGUCAAAAUGGAUCGAGGCAGUGGUUGGAUGAUGACCAUACUGGGCAAGUCUUGUGACGAUCAAUUCUGCCCUGAAGAUGCCAAAUGUGAACAGGGCAAAUUAUUUGCAAAUUGUUGUAAAUAA